UAGUUUGGUAGAGAACGGUGGAAUACAGGACUUGCGUAUUCCAAGACGGGCCUAAUACAUGUCACAUAGAAUUGCACAAGUUCGCUUGGUGCAACUCCGGAUCUCUUGAGUUGUCUCAAAAAGUAGAGACGAGAGGAACAUUUUCUACUUAGUUCCGAGGUGUGCAUGUUCCACUUUAAAUCGUGGCUAAUGGUCACGCCUAGCAAUUUGGCACUGGUGACUACUUCAAGGGGUUUGAGGAAACACUAGAAUCAAAGAGUCCAGAGAAAUUAGACAGCUAUCACGAAAAAGGUCCAUCUUAUGGCAAGAUCGAAAUGCGAGAAGACCACAAGUUAUAUGAGACUAAUUCGCCAGUGGAGGAGAUGAAGUUAGUUGGUCGUCCAUCUCAAGAUCCUGCCUGUUUACCUGAUGAUUAUGUACCUCGAGGAAGCUAUGAAACCCUUUCAUGCAAAGAAGGAAAAAGCAUGGGGAAAGUCGGUGGGCCCUCUCAUGAACAAGUGGGAAUACAUCUUUGCUCUUCAGGAAAUCUUGGCAUACAGGACGCAAGCUUUACAAUUCAACCUUCGGAUGGUUCGGAAGGAUACCUGCACAGAAGGAAGUGUAACAAGAGAUCGUUUUCAAUUUCAAGGAAAUCUCACUAUAAAAUGUGGCCCCAGGAACUCGUUGAAAUAGAUUGCUCCUCACCCUCAGUACAUUCUCUCAUGGAAUUAGAAGAGAGUUUGUCAUGCGUUUCCGCAAACGAGCUUGCGACUGGGCGGGAUGUUAUUGAUCAUUCCAACCACCCGAACAACUUCGACGUCCACGAAAAUCAAAACAAAGGGGAAUCGCGUUGCUCAUUCAUGAGGAAUAACCGAGUCACAAUAAUUUCAUUUGUGGCGGUGUUUGUAAUUACUGCGAUUGUACUUGCAAUCUUUGCUCUCGUUAUAGGGAAAGAAAAGAGCGCUUUUCCGACCCCAGAGGUAAGUGAGAGAAUACAUUUUGGAUCGUGUUUGCCUGAACAUAUACGAACAACUUCAAUUUCUAAAUUGCUAUUGGGAUAG